UGCUCAGACUGAAAAUAUCCUUCUUUGAAAUUGCCUUAAACAUACAACGUUACAGUGAUGUUUGUUUAUAUGUGGAUAAGAUGACCAGUCCACCCUGGGGACCUAGAGAAUCUCAUCUUCUUAGACAAGCAGUCUUCUUACAAAUAAAGCACUGUGAUAAGACAAGACUGAGACAUGGACUCUUAUGCUCAUGUCCUUUAAAUAUUGAUAUGUAUAUGUAUAAUACAAAACAUGUACAAGACACAUGUAGAACUUUUGUCCACCCUGCCUCACCGGGUACAGUAGUUCUGUUGCUGUGGCUUCCAUGUCAAACCAACAGGGAUCCAAGCUUUAGCUUUAUUAUGAAAACAUUGAAGGGGCCCCACCAGGACAGGGAAGGAGCCCCCUUGGAAAUGUGCCUUAUGCAUUAGCACAGCCUAGGUGAUAACUCCACCUGCAACUAUUGGCUCCUGUCUGUCAGAGUGACACCAGUGAGCGUGUCUAGAGUUUUUUACUAACAUUUACUGUAGUAUUUUAUUCAGCCAGUAAGAAAAUGUAUAGGCUACCAAUUAUAAAAACCACGUACACACAGUAAAGUCACUGAUGACUUUGUCCAAGUGAUUAUGAAAACUAAACCAAUAGUAGUUCAUCAUGUGAAACUGUCAUUGUUCAUGAUCAUUUCCAUGUGGUACAUGUACGUGACACUUACUACUUUCGGUAUUGGAGGCUUGUUUUGUCACCAUGGUGGAACCGUAAUGGGCAUUGUCAAUGAAAUCUGAGCACCCCACCGACAGUAAUCCCCCAUACAGACCGGGUUACCAUCGCUUAGUUUCGCAGGUAGUAAGAGGUCUGUUGCGUCUGUGGAAGAACGUCUUCGCUACAACUCAGCAAAGCAAGUAGAUCUAAAGGAAGGCCUUUCUUGGCAAGGCCAACUCAGAAGACCAGAUCGACUGUGCCAAACAAAUAUGGCUGGAUCGUCUGACAGGCUUUUGCUGCUCGCAGUGCUCGUCGGGAUCACCCUGCCGACUGCAGAUGCUGCAACCACACCUGCCUGGCCGUGGGGAUGGACCACCGCCGGUUCAACAACAACAGCUGCAGCGACCACCCCUGCCGUGUGGACCACCAGCCCGCCAACCACAGUGGGGCCGUGUGGAACAUUUCCCUGGCAGCCGACCGACGCCACAGUCGACUGUGACUACAGCUAUACCAGUUCGAUACGCUACAGAUACUACACGUCUUCGACGUCGUACGACUUCUACCCUAAUGGACGCUGCUCUGUUAACUGUUCAAAUAACCUUCCGGUGACGGGGGCGUCAGUCAUUUAUCCCGAUGGAGGAGGCUACUACUACUGCCACCCAGGGGACUCCAUGUGGUUAGGAAUUGAACCAUCUUGUCAUGAAAAGCCGUGUGGAGAUUUCCCAUGGAACACCCCUGAUGUAACAGUAGACUGCGACUACGACUACCGCGGGACCUUCCAGGACGGCCCAGGGUAUGUACAUGUACGUGGCCGCUGCAGCAUGACAUGCCUGAAUGCGACAAUGCUAGUGGGUCCGCCGGAUGGCGGAUAUUACUCCUGCAGCGUCAACAACGCGAGCUGGACCGGCACCGAACCUGUCUGUAUCGGUGGAUAUGACAACUCGUCAGUAACAGAGAGCAAGGCUAACAGAGUCCGGCUGGUGGGAGGAGAGUUCUACGGCUGCGUGGAGCUGUACGAUAACGUCACACAGCAGUGGGGACCUGUCACUGGGUUUUCGUUUGAGUACAACCCGGUGUGGGAGUCCAGGAUGUCAUGGGCUGACCUAGUGUGCAGGGACGUCGGAUUUUCUGGAGGUUUGGCCACUUAUGCAUUCCGUACAGGCAACCGUUGGAUCAUGGCGAUAUCAUGGCAGAUGUCCCCUUCCUACACCAGACCUAGCGAUACUGGGCCCAAUUUCUUCCUGGACAGGUAUUCUCCCGUGUCCGCUGGGGGAGUUCAACACCUGUACGACACUGUGGAUCGGGUGGUCCGGGGCGACUGCACGGCAACAGAGAGUCGGUGGAACUGUAAUGAAAGACUGAUGUGUCUGGCCUGUCAGGGGCAACCAGAAAUCCGGGGGGACUUGUACUGCAACUCCACAACCAUGUCGGUCAGCUUCCUUCGGGAUUCACUGGCCGGCCAUGAUGUUCCCAGCAUGCACCUGCGAGACCCAUCAUGCACUGCGGAAGUCAACGACACUCACGUGACUUUCAGUUCUGCUCUUGGCGAAUGUGGGACAACAGCGGCGGAGAAUGGCACAACCAACAAGAUCAUCUACACCAAUGACGUCUUCGCAUCCUUGCUGGAAAGUUCCACGUAUGGAGCUGACGUCAUCACCACGACCACGGACGACCGUUGGACGUUCAACUGUCAUUACGUCAGAGAUGACUCCGUAGCUGUCGGCUCCCUGUUCCCGGUACCGCCUUCAAGCGUGGUGAUUCUGCACGGUGAUGGCUCCUUCACCUUCAGUAUGAGCCUGUAUCGGUCAGACAGAUUCUCCCAGCCGUACACACAGUCAGACUUCCCUGUAGAGGUGACGGUAAGCGAGGACAUGUACUUCGGUAUCUCGAUGGAGGCCGCAGUAUCCGGCCUGGUCCUGUUUGUGGACAACUGCAAAGCGACGCCGUCGUCCACCCCUGGCGGUUCCACACAGUACUACAUCAUACAGGACGGAUGCCACCAGGACGACAGUCUUCAGGAGUUCCCAAGCACCUCUGCGACUUCUGCUCAUUACGGGAUUUCUGCCUUCAGGUUCACCAACGAAUCACUGCGUCACGUGUACCUGCACUGUGACGUCAUGGUGUGUCUGGAGAACAACUCCGGCUCCAGAUGUGACCAGGGCUGUGUCAGCUCGCGCAGGCGCAGACGGGCCACAGAAGACAGGGUGGAGGAACGUGUUACCCUGGUGCAGGGUCCGAUCGUUGUGGCUCCUGAUGAAACUCCAGAUGGUGUCCCAAACACCUGGGUCUCAGCAGCGGCAGGACCUUCAGCUGCAGCAGCUGUCGUCCUGAUUGCCAUAGUAACAGGCAUAUGUCUGCGCCGUGCCAAGCGCAAGAAUGCAAUCAAGGAUGUGGAAGGGCACAACAAUCUUGCUUUCGUGAACACCUCGAGCAAACCGGCAGAGACUGUCAGCAGCGCCCCCUCCCGGGACCGGGCCAGCAGCUUCUGAACCUGCAGACGAUUGUUCAGUUUUUCCCUGGUCAAGUUGUUUUUCGACCUGCUUGUUUGCGGACAAAAUAGCUCAAGAUAUGGCUAGGAUUUUAUCAGAUUUGGUAUAUGGCUAUGGGCUGGUGAAUUUGUGAACUUUGUGCUGUGUGUUUAUUUUUUGUUUUAAAAUGUAGAGAUGAUGUUGGGCAAACAACAAGCUUGAGCCAAGUGUGAAAAGCAAAUGUUGGGAUAUUAUCAGAUUUGGUCGUCUACACAUAUGAAAGCAGUACUGUUACUAGUACUGCUGUUUGUCCAUCAUCAAGUUGAGACUGUGUGAUGUUCUUCAAAGUUUGCAUUCUGUGGAUUUGUUAUCAGUUUGUUGUGUGUUUAGGUCGAAGAUAUCUUAAAUUUGCUGUUUUAUAAAAGCAUUAUAUUAAUAGUUGGCACUAAGGAGUACUGUUAUAUGCUGACCUUGUCUGGUGACUGGACAUGUAAUUGACUUCCAAAAUGUUUGUAUGAGCUCCUCCAGUGACAAAGAUGCCACCAUUCUUCAAGUUUAUCACUGUUCUGGAAUCGUCUUCCUUUAAAACGGUAGUAGAUAUCAACAACUUUGAUUCAAUAAUUUUCAGGGCACCACCCUAAUGUUUAGAAUUGUUUGAAUGUAGCGUGCCUUUGGGCACUGAUGAUUGUCAAUACGAGUAGCAAGUGAAGUAGAGUCGAAUGUUGUAUCUACAUGCAUUCUACAGAGCUCCUGCUGUUACCAAACCCUGUGUUUUUCCUGCUUGUUUUAUUAAAAAGCUUCUGU